AUGGUUGGCUACUUUUCAUCACAUGUUCUCCUGCGUGUGAGGGAUUUUUUUCACCGUGGACUGCUGUGUUGCCAAGGCUUACUGCGACAGGUGUGGGAGGGCUGUGGCGUUGCGGUUAGCUUAGCGCUUUACCUAGUCAACACAGUCAUUAACCUGCUGCUCAUUGGGACACAGAACCUCUACUCAGUAGUGGUCAGCGCGUGGGAAACGGUCUCCUUCCCCCUGCAGAAAGCUGUUGAGCUCAUCCUGACACUCCUCACCUUCCUGUACAGCAGCCUGGUUGGAACCUCAGUCGUCCUCUGGACUCCCUUCAGACUAGCCCUGGAGUUCCUGGGCUUGCUUGGACACACCUUCCUCAAUGUGUUCUUGCUUAACAUCUACGGCCUUAUCCUCAUGGCGGCUGUUGUUUUGGCCGUCAUCUACAUGAACCCAGUGUUAACCCGCCAUGCCGUCGAUUACGUCAACUCUCUUCCCGCCCUGCAGCGCCUAAAAACCAUACUCCGUCGCUUUUACCUGCUGGAGAGAGGCCUGUGGCAGAGGCUUCAGCAGCGGGUCAGUCGCCUGCACCAGACAAUAACGCCAGUCUAUAGGAGCAUGGGAGUCAGAGCUGACCGCGCAAGGCAACCUGAGCCCAGGCUCCGAGAGCAGAGGGCUCCCCCAGACGGCAGGGCGGGCGACGCAGCGCUACACGCCGGUCAGCCACACCAGCUGAUGGACGACCUGUGGGAGCUGGUGUUCCCCAGCUCCAGCAGCACGGACCGCCCUUUACAGAAGCAGUCCCCGGGGGAGGGGGGUUCAGGCUCCAAGGGACGCCCGGCCGACAGCUUGCUAACUUUGCUCAAGGAGCAGGAGGAGAGGAAGAAGUGUGUGAUCUGCCAGGACAGUGCCAAGACCGUAGUGCUGUUGCCCUGUCGCCACCUGUGCCUCUGUCGGGGCUGCACCACGAUACUGCUGCGCCAGCCCGUUUACCAGCAGAACUGCCCGCUCUGCCGUCACAUGAUCCUGAACACUAUGGACGUGUAUCUCUGA